AUGGCGAGUCUCGACAAGCUUGCAAUCCGGGGCAUUCGUUCCUUCGACGACAAGCAAAUAUCUGUCAUUGAGUUUUUCUCGCCAGUCACUGUCAUAGUCGGACACAAUGGAAGUGGAAAAACGACUGUCAUUGAGUGUCUGAAGUACGCAACAACGGGCGACCAGCCCCCAAACACUCGAGGUGGCGCGUUCAUCCAUGACCCGAAGAUGGCAAAUGAAAAGGAAGUCAAAGCUCAGGUCAAGUUACGAUUUCAUGCUGCCAAUGGAACACGUAUGCUUGUCGUUAGGAAUCUCUCAGUGACAGUCAAGAAGACUGGCUUAACUAUGAAGACCCUUGAAAACAUCCUUGCACUUGCGGAUAGCAAUACCGAAAGGGGCGGGAAGAGGGGAGCUAUUUCCACGAAGUGCGCUGAGAUAGACACAGAAAUCCCCCAUCUCCUUGGGGUAUCGAAGUCUGUUCUGGAGAAUGUAAUUUUCUGUCAUCAAGAAGAUUCGUACUGGCCCCUUGCCGAACCUUCUGCGCUCAAGAAGAAAUUUGAUGAUAUCUUCGAGGCCACGCGUUAUAGCAAGGCGCUCGACUCCAUAAAAUCGUUGCGCAAAGAUCGCGUUGCAGACCUCAAAGCGGACAAAGAACGUUUAGAAUCUAUUGCUAAAGAGAAGUCGCAUGCCGAUAAACUCCGCAGCCGUAUUAACGACCUGAACGCGACCAUUACCGGAAAGCAAUUACAGUACGAAGAGACUAAGAAGCGGUACGAAGAACUUGUCAAGAACAAUGCUCGCUUCUACGAGUCCGCUACCCAAUUUCGCGAGUUGUACGUCAAGGUUGAAAAUCUGCAACAAAAGAAGGAACAUUAUCGACAGGAGCUUUCGGAGGCGAAAGAGAGCGUGCAGGAAGUUGGAGGCACUGAUGAGGAGCUGCAAGAGCGCUUGAGCAACUUUGGUCAGAACAUUGAAAAGGAGAAAAUAGCUCGCAAUAGACGCGAGGUAGAACGCCAAGACCUCGAAGAUGAGCUUGCGAAAACACGAAGGUCGCAUGUGGAGCUUAUUAAUGAACAUGGAGAACUUGCUGCAGAGGCCAAGGCACACGACCGUCGCAUCUCCGAACGCGAAGAACUCAUCCGUGACAUCAGCGACAAGAACAACAUCAAGGGUUACAACCACACUCCUCUUGAACGCGAGAAAGUAGUUGAAUUUGUCUCUCGGCUCGGGGAUCUCCAGCGUCGACAGAGGUCCGAAUUUGAUAAGCUGCAGACUGGAAGGAACAGUAAAAAUGAUGAACAUAGUCGCAAGUUACGACUGCUUCACACCGAGCUGGAAAGUCUUCGUAUGCAACGAGGAAAUACACGCGAACAGAUCAAAGAGCGCCAAGCUGCUAUUACCAAAGCUGAAUCAUCGGUCGACACGAUGCAGGGUCUCGCAUCUGAACUACGCACUCUUGCUGGUGAUAUCGAGGAGAAGAAACUGCGUCUCGAGAAGAUCAAGGCGGAUAUGCAAUCUGGCAACUUCGAUGAACGACUGAGUGCGAAGGCCGUGAAGGCACGUAGUAUGGAAGAUCAACGCGAUACUUUGAACACGGAACUUCGCGGCCUGAGCCUGCAGGCUGAAUCGAGGGCUCGGUUGGAUCUCAAGCGUGCAGAGAUGCGGAGUAAGACAUCAGAUACCAAGAACAUCCUUGAGUUGUGCAAUGUAAAAUUCCGGAAGUUGAUAGGCAGAGAUGCAAGAGCGGAAACGAUGGAGCGUGAUAUUGACCGUGUCUCAAGAGAGAAAGAUGAGGAGCUUGUCGAGGCAGAGGAAGAGGCCGCUGUUGCUAACAAAGAGCUUCAACAAGCAGAAACAACGUUAUCGCACGCAAAAUCUGAGAUGAAGAGCAAGCGGGAUGAAUUGAAAAAACUGGAGAAGAAACUCAAGGACGAGAUUGAAGGAGGAAUUGCUUUCGACAUCGCCCUCUCGCUCGCAGAGAAGGAGCUCGAAAUUCGCAAGAAGUAUGUUGAAUGCAAACCAGGCGUGAGUCAAGUGUAUGAGCAAAUUUUGAAAGCAGGACAGGCGAAGAAACGCUGUACUGCCUGUAAUCGCGGUCUACAUGACAAUGAGAUGGCCGGUUUUGAGAAAUAUGUAUGUGAGCAAAUCAAGAACCAUUCUCCAGAGGCAGUCGAGCUUCAGAAGGCCGAAGUUACACAGUGGGAAACUGAAUUGAAGGACCUCCGUGCUCUUAUGCCUGUAUUUACAACUAAGGAGCGCAUCAGGACCCUCGAGCUUCCAGCACUGGAGAGGCAAAUCAAGGCUUUGGAUGAAGAUCUUCCGUCCAAUAGCGAGAAGGCAGAGCAGGCAAGAUACCCUUGUGGAUUUCUGAAACUUGAAAUCUCAUUUGACAUUAGAGAAGUUGCUUCCUUGAAGCAAUCCGCCUCUACCGUGUCACGUAACCAGAAUGAGGUCGAGCGACUCAAGAGCGAUAUCAAACAACUGGAAACGGAGCUUACUGCUACUGGUACCGCCAAGACUGGUGAUGAUGUGCAGAGGGAACUUGAUGUCCUUUCUAAUGAGAUCCGCUCAAAUGAGAGAGAGAGACAAGCACUCAUGACAGAGCGUGACCACCAGAACCAAUUGCUGCGGACGAAUGAGAAUGACCUGCACGCGAUGGAAAAGAAAGAGAACACCCUUUCCAAUCAGAUCCGUGACAAGGAUAUUAUGGAGGAACGUAUCGUCACAAUGACCAACGAGAUCGCGACCUUACAUACAAAACUCAAGGAACUGGACUCAAAGAUUUCAGAGGCGCAAGCUCCCAUUGAUAUGCUUGAGCAAGAGCACCAACAAGCCAUAGUCGACCUUGAUGCGAGGAUUCGCGAGGCUCAACGUUCCGUACAAGAGCUCAACACGAACGUUGACAAACUUGACAACCUCAAUAAAAUCGUUGAGCGGUAUAUUCGUGACAAGCGGGCCCGUCUUCUUGUUGAGUGUGCCGACAAGAUAGAACAAUUCGAGCAGGACAUCAAGGAUCUUGUGACCAAUAUCGAGAACGCCCGGGAUGCCAUAGCUAAGAUUGACCGGGAUAUCAGCGAGAGCGGGAGUUUGGUGGCAAAUCUGCACGGGAACAUUCGUAUCAGAAAGCUUUCCCGUGAUAUAGCAGCUACACAAGCUGAAAUUGACUCGUGCGAUAUGGAGGGAGCUGCAAAGGCCAAGCGGAACUUCGACGAUCGUUACCAGGUCGAGAAACAGAGGGAAACGGAAAUGCAGAGCAAGUAUGCCCAUAUAGGAGGCGAAAUCAGUUCCCACCAAGAGCAACUCAAGAUGACAGAGAAGGAUCUACGUGACUUCAAAGAUAUCAACAGGCGGUAUACCGACCAAUUGGUCAAGGUCAAGAUGUGCGACAUGGCAAAUAAUGAUCUGGAGAAGUAUGCUAAGGCCCUGGACAACGCCAUUAUGAAAUACCACGGUCUGAAGAUGGAGGAAGUCAACGAUACCAUGCGUCAUCUCUGGAAUAAAACGUAUCAAGGAACUGAUAUUGAUGGUAUCAAAAUCCGCUCCGAUGUUGAAGGUGGCGCAUCAAAGCGAUCCUAUAAUUACCGAGUUGUUAUGACCAAAGAUCAAGUCGAGAUGGACAUGCGUGGACGAUGCUCCGCAGGUCAGAAGAUGCUGGCCUCAAUUAUUAUCCGUCUCGCUCUCUCUGAUUCGUUUGGUCAAAACUGUGGCAUUCUUGCGCUGGAUGAACCAACAAACGCUCUUGAUGUGGAAAACAUCGAUGCACUCGCCGAGAGCCUUGUCGACAUCAUUAACGAGAGGAAGAAUCAUUCUAACUUUCAGUUGAUCAUCAUCACACACGACGAAAAUUUCCUUCGCAAGCUUGGUCAAGCUGAGGUGAUGGAGUAUUAUUGGCGUGUUUCGCGAGAUUCAAGACAGAAGUCUACAAUUGAACGCCAAAGGUUC